CGUAAACAACAUUGGAUGCUCCCAUCAACACGUUCACAACGAUGCGGCCAGAGAAUGUUGACCCUGAUAUCUGAACAUGGACUUCCUCCAUGAACCACAUUUACCAAACUAUGGAACAGGAGCGAACCCUUGAAAUCCCCACGUUCUCCAACCUCCAUCAUGCCGCGACUUGUUCGACGCGCACCGCUUAUGGAGCGGCUCCAGGCUUACCUUAAUCCGUGGGAUUUCCUGCUAUGGUUACUAGAAGAGCUGAACAGUAAUGACUGGGAUGAACACCAGAAGCGAUGGGCGCUACCGAUUGGCGUUGUUCUCAAUCUUGUCUUCAUGGUUGCGAAGGCAAAUUCUUCUAACGGAGGUCGUGACGAUGUCUUUGGAGAAUACGAUUCGGGGGGUGGACUUGGUGCUUGGUUGUGCGAGUUUUUAGUUCUGGUCCUAGUCGUCUUCUCAGCAGCCAACGCCUUCUACACCUUCUACCGCCGUCGACACUAUCGACUGUUCGAGAAUCCUAUCAACGAGAUCCCCGCAACUCCGUCCGCUCAGCGAGUACGCGUGGACUCCAGUCCUGUAUCUUCACCAUUACGAUUCCUAUCGAACAUUAUCGGGCCUACAACAGCUCAGGGCCGAGCCCACCCUGACCCCGAAAAAGAGGUGUGGCAAGUAGCGGUAUGGGACCCAACGCCGAUUUGCCUGCGUCUCUUCUGUCUGUUCAGUCCAGGACAUGUGCUCGUCUAUUAUCUAUUCCUCCCUACUACUCCCUUGGACCCCCGACCGAGCGUCACAGUCUUCACAACCAUGCUGCUUUCCGGGUUGCUAUCAACUCAGCUCACUCUCGUUCGAGUGUUCUUUGCAGAACAAUCCAAAGAUAGUGCAUUUAUCCACAAGGCGGUGAUGAAUGAAUACGAUCUUAAGUUUGUCCGGCCUAACCUCAACCGGCCGGUCAGGGAUGUUGGAAUUCAAACACCGGACCGGAGUGGUGACGAGCCGGAGCGGAAAAAGGGGCAAGCACGUUCAGAAGUGGACACUUAUACACCGACUACCAUCAUCAAUCGGGGAUUCCACAUCCAUCCGAAUCCCGCGUAUGCCCAGCAGUAUGACCCAGAUCAUGUUCUGAAAGGUCGGAGCGAGCGACAGAACGCGCCACGGCCGUUGGCUACACCCGUAUUGAGAACACCAAUGAACGGUUAUAUGCAUCCUACGGGAACUAGCACGCAGACCAGCACAUACUCCACCGGACCCGAUUUCUCAUCACCGAUUCGACCGCCUCCGAAUCCUCGAGCUCAACCCAUUUUGCAAUCAUUCCAGCCGCUGCAUCCUAGUCCGAGGAAAGCUCACGAUGGCGGAGGAGAAGGGGGGAGUCUUGGAGUCUACACCCAUGCGGCCAGCCCACUGCGGAAAGCCGCGUCCGCCAAUUAUCUGAGGAACGCGAACGAGCAUACCGGGAGAGGCGAUGCGCGCACAGGCCGUGAAAGGAGCCCCUUUAAGAGGAUGAGCACCCCUUCCGCUCUUUCACGACUGGGAGGCGGAGAUGAGGGCAGAAGGGAAUCUGGUCGAUUCUGAUAGCACCGGUUGGGCGGAGUUAGGGCAUGGUAUCGGUAGAUGUAGGAGACGUCCAGAUCUGGGGUUCUGAACUGGCCGUACCAUGUAGCAGACGCCAGGUUUGUAUAUUAUGCGAAAAGGGAUUGACGCAUCUGACAGAUAUAUCCCGACGACAGGUUCAAAGUUCCCCAGAAAACAUGAGGAACAGUAAUGCAUUGUCGACCGGAUUUUCAAUUACGUAGCUUAAUGUAGUUCUAGAAUUGAAGAAAUCCACUC